AUGUCAACUUCGCCUGCAAAGAAUGUCACUACAUACUGCAUCGUCUGCAAUGCUCCAACCACUAAAUGUUGUGCUCGUUGCAAUAAAGUUUACUACUGUAACGCCAAACAUCAAAAGUCAGACUGGAAGAAGCAUAAAAUGGUAUGUACACCCAAGAAGACAAGCGAGAAAGACAAUAAUGCCAUGAUUGUCCAUGGUCAGAGACAAACGGAGGAAGAGUCAUUUGCAGAUUUAGAUAGACUGGCGAACUUGAUGAACCUAGUGGACCCAGAGGGACCUUUUUCUAAUGCAUCGUCAAAGACCUCCUAUGCAACUGAAUACAAAAACUACUACCCCACCGAUUCCUCAGGUUAUAAUACCCUUUCCAUCUCAAAGAAACUUGGAGUAAGACUUGCAUUUCAAGAAAAAUUUCUGGAUGCAGACACAGCAAUUUCAGAUCCCGGUCAUAAUCAGAAGCGUGGGGACCAGCUUCAUAUGAACUUACCAGGUUUCUAUGUUCCCAUAACCUCGGGAAAGGAUCCGUCUACCGUGACAGAGCCAAACAGAAAUGGAAGGAACAAUUUCGCAAUUGGGUUUGUUGACUUGAGUAUACUACUCGGAGCCACUAUCACAAGUGCAAGUGUUGGUUCUAACAAGCAUAAGCCUAAUACUAAGGCUAAUGUCCGUGAAAAUAAUGUGGAAGGACAAAUCACUAGAAUUAUCGGGUUUGAUGCAAGUGAAUAUGCGGUGGCUAAGACAAAGGUCGUAGUUGCUAUGAUUGCGAAUAAUGCUCCUACGCUUAGUAUUGUUCAGGUGUGGUAUUCGACUGUGUGGACAAAAACAACAUAUGACCAUUUCCUGCAAGCAGUGGAUGCAGUGAUACAGCAACGAGAUGCCAAUCGGAGGACAGAUCCAGCUGAAAAGAUUCCAAAUCCGGAGCCACAAGAUAGGGUUUUCAAGAUUGUUCGAUAUUGGUCUUCGGUUAGAAAACGUGACCCGCGGUUGAGAGUCACGACUGCUCAUGAGAAUUGGAUGAAGCAUUGUCCUCCUACUUCUAGUCCAUAUAUCGCUAUUAAUAAUCUGAGUGAGGAGAGAGAUCGUGUUGAAGUCGCAAGAUAUAUUCUGACAGGGGAGUUUCCUUUGCUUUCGGGAGGAUCAUCUAAAACAGCCUCCAACAAGAAAAAAAAGAUGACCGAUCAUAUGAAACGGUUUGCUCUCAAUGAUGAUGAGCUUUUGGGAAGUGUCACUAUGUUUGCUUGUAUGGAUGGAUAUGAGCCACAUAAAGAUACUGAGAUGGUGCUUAGAGGCGUUCCAAUGGUACAUGUUCUUGCAAAGUACGAUCGCAAUACGACAUCGCUGCUCGAUGCAGUUUAUUCAUAUUUGGAAGGACAAAUUAAUAGAGUAAAACAAUGGCUAGGUUGUGAGAGUGAUGUUGGCGGAAACAACGAUGGUGGUGGUAAUUCUACUUCAGCCGUCAAAACUCCAAAGACUAUUCUCAAAAUCUUCUUAUACAAAGCUGAUUUGAUAGAAGCAGACUGCGAUUGGCUCUCAAGUUAUGUAAAAAAAGAACUCAAGCCAUGCACAGUUUUGUGGAGCAAUCACGUCUGUGACUAUCGUUCCAAAGACGACUUCCACCGCAUUGCAAAAUCACUCUCUGGUCCUCAAACAAGGCAUUUUAUGUAUACUAUGAACUGGGUGCAAGACAUCAUGGGCGCGAUGAUUCUUGAUGUUCAAGAUGGUAAAGAACGAGUCAAGAUCUUAGAGAAUGCCAAAAAGUUGAUAAAAUCAAUAGGACCGACAAUUGAUAAAAGUGGAUAUUUCGUCUAUCAAAACCAGAUAGAUCACCCGUUUAAUGUAGGAGGCUACCUUUUGGCACAUGAAACAAAAGAUUAUUGGGUAAACUAUUUCUUCGAGAAUGAAAAAACUAAUAAUGUGUUGGGUUUUAUUAGUCCUCCUAUCAGCACUGCGCAAUCUAUGCUUACUCUGCAUUUAAUUUGGAGUUAUAACAAGAACUUCCAGCCAACGACGACCGGGCUUUAUUUACCAAAUUUUUACAAAAAAAGUGAUUAUCCAAGUGGUGACUGA